AUGACUGCAGUGAGUGAAUUAUUUGGUUGGUUUGAAAGACAUCAAAGUAAUUUAAAAGCCAUACACAUAGAAAACACAAAUGUGAUCAUAUCAUUAGAAAGCAUGAAGAAAACAAUGAAAUCGGAACGAACGACGGGUAUUUUUUUUAGCAAGUUGACUGAAAAAUAUUUGUCACCUAGUUCUUUAGUUGAUCCUCUUCUCUGCAUCCAUUUUAUACUUGUCUAAUAUUUUUAUACGUCUCCAUUCUAUGAUAUUAUCAAUGUUCUACGUUAUUUCUCAGCUUUCUCACAUACACUACUUGACAAAAGUAUCCUCCCC